AUGGCGUUCUUCAGGAGCGUCCUCGCCCAGAUGAUCAUCUGCGGUGUUAUUGCGCUACUUGGGCCAGGUCUAUGGAAUGCCAAUAACUCACUUGGUGCUGGUGGUGCCUUGGAGCCCUACCUUGUCAACGCUGGAAACUCGAUCGUUUUUGCUUUCAUGGGCCUCUUCUCGAUUCUGUCUCCCGUGUUCGUCAACUGGAUCGGAGUCAAGCAGACCCUGAUCCUCGGGACCCUGGGUUGGUCCAUCUACAGCGGAUCGCUUUACCAGAACAACCGCUUCGGCACCGAGUGGUUCGUCAUCCUGGGGGCCUUCAUCUGUGGCAUCAGUGCCGGGUUCUACUGGGCGGCCGAGGGCGCCGUGAUCCUGUCGUACCCGGAACACCGCAAGCGAGGGCGAUACCUGGCCCUCUGGCUGGCCUUCAAGAACAGCGGCCAGCUGAUCGGAGGCAGCAUCAACCUGGGACUAAACGCCAGCACCGCGGUCGCCGGCAAGGUGUCGUGGGUCACGCUGCUCGUCUUUGUGUGCCUGCAGGCCCUCUCCCUGCCGGUCGCGUUCCUGCUCUCCCCGCCGCACAAGGUGGUGCGCAAGGACGGCUCGCCCAUCCAUGUCGACGAGCGCACGCCCAUGCUCGAGCAGCUGCGGCGCAUCUGGACCACCAUCUCGACGCGCCGCGUCGGCCUGCUGCUGCCCAUCUUCUUCAGCAGCUGGUUCUACUGGGGCUACGGCUCGACGUACCUGACGCUGUACUUUACGGUGCGCGCCCGCGCCCUCGCGUCCUUCCUGUCGGCCAUCACGGGCACCAUCGCCUGCAUCGGCUUCGGCGUCUUUCUGGACUCGGACAGGUUCACGGUCAAGCAGCGCAUCCGCUGGGGGUUCCUGGCGUCGUGCGGACCCUUCACCCUGCUCUGGAUCUGGGUCUUUGUGGUGCAGCACGACUUCAACAAUGCGCACCCGGGUGCCCUGGACUGGCUGAGCCCCGGGUUUGGGCGCGCCUUUGGCGUCUACAUCAUGCUCAACACGAUCGGCAACAUGGUGCAGAACUUUUUGUACUUUUUGGUCGGCACCAUCGGCGACGGCACCUCGGAGCUGAGCAGGCUGACGGGCUUGCUCAGGGGCGUAGAAAGCUGGGGCCAGUGCGCUUCUUUUGGGAUCAGCAGCAGCAAAUUCAAUCUAUUCCACACCGUUAUUAUCAACCUCGUGCUUUGGGUGGUCAGCCUGGUACCUGCAUUUGUUAGCGUCUGGGAGGUGGAGGAUAGGAAGCACGCGGGAGCUGUCGAGCCCUCCGAGACUGACGGCAAGGUCGAACCGGUUGACAGAGUCGGUGUCGAUGGGGAAAUACCCAAGGUUUGA